AUGGAAUCGUUAAAGGUUCACAAUUCGCUUAAACCAGGGCCGCCUGUGCCGUUUGUGCCCAUGGAACCUGGCAAGGUUUCUUGGUACGUGUGUGGUCCGACCGUCUAUGACAAGAGCCACCUGGGACAUGCCCGCAACUAUGUCGCCAGCGAUAUUAUCCGACGCAUCAUGAUGGAUUAUUUCGGUUUCAGGGUUAAAUAUGUCAUGAAUAUGACUGAUGUUGAUGAUAAGAUUAUCCUGAAAGCCAGAAGACAACGGCUGCUGGACCUUGAGAAGAAGAAACCCUACUCGGAAAGCGAUCUUGGUGAACUCGUCCUGGCUGCCUUCCGAGCGUACGCGGCAAGCAACCUGCCGCUUCUUGCCGACGACGCUUCCGCUUCCACCUUGACCGAGACCAACUAUGUCCCAAAGCGAGACGCCGCCUACGGUCGAGUUUUGUCUGGAGGCACACUCUCUGGCGAGGGCAAGCCUGGAGAUGCAGAGGCAAAGGUCAAAAUGCACGCUGGCAACAUGGAUUCUGCCGCUGAAGCCCUCAAGACAUCCGUCAUGUUCCCUGGGGCUGACGAGGUUCUCCUGCCUUACCUGGAUGCCUUGUACAAGGAAACCAUCGACACCCGCGACCAGGGCAUGUUUACUGAUCUCACAAAGAGUAUGGAGGCUCUGUUUCUGGAGGACAUGGAUAACUUGAACGUGCUGCGCCCAGACGUCAUCACCCGUGUCACGGAAUACAUGCCCCAAAUCGCCAAGUUUGUGGAGCAGAUUGUGGACAAGGGCUUCGCAUACGAAGCCGAAGGGUCAGUCUACUUUGACAUUGCAGCUUUCGAAAGGGCUGGCAACACAUAUGCUCGUCUUCGACCAGAGAGCAGGAACGACAAGGCCUUGCAGGAAGAAGGAGAAGGUUCCCUUUCCAAGAGCCUGGGUGGGAAGCGAGGGCCAGGAGACUUUGCUCUGUGGAAGAGAUCCAAGGCGGGUGAGCCAUCUUGGCCGAGCAAAUGGGGCGAGGGUCGACCAGGGUGGCACAUUGAGUGCUCCGUGAUGGCUUCCGACAUCCUCGGCUCUAGGAUGGACGUUCAUUCCGGAGGCAUCGACUUGGCUUUCCCUCAUCACGACAACGAGUUGGCGCAGAGCGAGGCAUACUUUUGCCAGCAUGACAAGGGUGAGCAUACAUGGGUCAACUACUUCUUCCACAUGGGCCACCUGUCCAUUUCAGGGUCCAAAAUGUCCAAGUCUCUCAAGAACUUUCAAACAAUUGCGGAUGCGCUUGCAACAACGUACACGGCACGAAGCAUGCGGAUCGUCUUUUUGAUGGGCAGGUGGAAUGACGGAGUUGAAAUCUCGCCGGAUAUGCGAGCUCAGGCGGAUAACUGGGAAUCCACGAUUAGUAACUUUUUCACAAACACCAAGUCUUGGCUUGCUGAGACUGGCGUUGCCGCCAAUUGCGUCAAGCCUCCGCGUAGCAGCCAGGAUGGGCCUGCCACUGGCCUUUUAGCCGACUUGGAGCAGUCCAAGAGAGACAUGGAGGCUGCAUUGACCAACUCAUUCGAUACGCCACGAGCCAUGCUCGUUCUCCUCAAGCUGGUCAACACUGCCAAUGUCUACGUCAAGGAGAACAAGGACUUUGACCUCGGCCAAGUUGAGGCGGUUGCUCGAUGGAUCACCAAGAUGGUUGGCAUUUUUGGCCUGGAUUCAAAUGCCAACCCCCCGUACGAUGGGCUUGGUUGGGCAUCCUCAGUUGCUGCUGAUGUGGAUGUCCGACUAGCGGCGCGACCCUACAGCCAGGUGCUGGAUACCAUCAGGGCAGAUGUCCAACAGCUGUCCCUUUCCAGCGACCGUCUCCGCAGCCUGCUCUCCCAGGAUGCCGCAAAGGACUUUCAGACGAUCGCCGCAAGCGGCUCCCGCGACAUUGAAAGGCUGGCGCUCCCGUACCUGCGGGUAGUCUCCCAGAUCCGUGACGAACUGCGUCGCAUCGUCGCAUCCCAGACGGCAGAAACGAAAAAGGCGAUCCUGGAGAUGACCGACAGAAUCCGCGACGCGGAUCUCACCAACCUCGGCGUCUACCUCGACGACCGGCCGGAUAACCAGCCGUCCCUGAUCAAGUUUAUCCCCGCGGCGGAGCUGAUUCGCGCUCGGGAAGAAAAGGCCGCCCGAGAGGCGGAAAGGGCGGCCAAGAGGGAAGAGGCAAGGUUGGCGCGCGAAAAGGCGGAGCGGGAGGCCGAAGAGAAAGCCAAGGUGGCCCCGGAGGACUUGUUCAGGGGGGAUGAGCGGUACAGCGCUUGGGACGAGGCGGGUAUGCCUACGAAAAUGAAGGACGGGAGCGACGUCCCAAAGAGCCAGCUGAAGUCGUUGAAGAAGAUGUGGGACAAGCAGAAGAAGAUGCACGAGCAACUGAGAGCAAAGGGGGGGUUGUAG